AUGAGCAUGCUCAUCAUGGGCCGCUCAUGGGUCGCCCACGGGCGAUGGGCCGCCCAUGGGCAGCCCAUGGUGAGCACUCACGCGACUUCCCACCGUGCGCAGCCCAUUGGCUACCGAUGGGCUGCCCAUGGGCUUGAGGGCGGGAGGGGGGCAGAAGACGGACGAGACGGCGAGGGAAGAAAGUAAACGAGAAGAGACGGACCGAGUGGCGCGAUACGUGCCGGAUUGAAUUUCUAUUAGCCAAUUCCCCCCCCCCAACGCUGCCCCAUUGCACCAACCCCCACUCGUGAUGACGUACCAUUACAAUGUAUCGCUGGUUGGUGUCCAUGUUUGCGUGUUUGCUUGUUCGUUAGUGGUUUCUUCACCGUGUGCAUUCUUCUGUCUCUUUUUUCUUGUUAUUUUCGGCCUGGUCCAUUUUUGUCCUCGCUCUUGUUCAUUUUAUUUUCUCGUUCCUUACUGUUUUGUUUGGGGUGCUCGGCAGAGUAUACUGUCUACCGGGCCUCCGGGAGGUACGCGGAUGGAAUGUGUUGACGGACAUGCUGCAUGGCGAUGGUGUGGCCUACCGCAUGUCUCUCACUCUCUAAGCAACAAGGUCUUGAGUCAACCUUCUUUCUUUCUCUUUCGGCCUCUGACGAGCUACCGCACCCAAACACAAUACGUUCUGACGUGAUUCUGAUGUAAUGUUGAUCUUUUUGCUGGGUAUUUUUCCAAGGGUGAUUGUUCGUGUUUUGACUGCUUGAGAAUUGGGUAGAUCACUUUUCUCGAGAGGGUGAUUUGUUUUUCUUGACAGAUCUUUUGGGGGUAGAAAUUUGACAUCAAAAAGGCUUGAAAGCUUUGCAAGACGUGACGUGUUCUGUUGGAAGAUCCGGCGAUUUCGUGGGACGUGUUCUAUUGGCAGAGUCGUUUGGAUU